AUGGCUAACUCCGUGAACGGAAAGAGAGACAAGGCAUUAAAACUGUUUAAACAAGCUGAAGCAUUGUCACCACAUCAUCCUGAAAUUCUUCUGCAUUAUGGAGAAUUUCUUGAAGAAGAUGACAUUAUUCAUGCUGAGCAUCUUUACACAAGAGCUCUUGCUGUUAGCCCUGGUAACUCUAGGGCGAUGGCCAACAGGGGAAGAACGUUACCAAAAGUACGCCAACUUGAUCAGGAAAUGCUUGAUAAGAUAGAUAACAAGAGGGAUGAACUAUUUCGCAUUCCCAAAGGUAGUCUUGCUAUGAAGAGAGCCAUAACUGAGGCUUACUAUAAACACAUCUAUCAUUCAAAUGCUAUCGAGGGUAACACCAUGACCUUGUCCAUGACCAGGGCGGUAGUUGAAACAAGAAUGGCUGUGCCUGGAAAAAGUAUUUUAGAACAUAAUGAAGUCUUGGGACUUGAUGAAGCAUUGAAAUUUAUCAAUGGUACUUUACUACAAAAACAAGAGAAGAUUACUGUGGACGAUAUUCUUGAAAUUCACAGACGAGUUUUAGGCCAUGCACACCCUUUGGAAGCUGGCAGGUUUCGAAAUACUCAGGUAUUUGUUGGAGACCAUGUUCCCCCUGGUCCGAUGGAAGUUGAAAAACACAUGAAUGAAUUUAAUGACUGGCUGUUGUCCAGGGAACCUGAGAUAUUGCAUCCAAUUGAAUUUGCAGCUCUUGCGCAUUACAAACUUGUCUACAUUCAUCCAUUCACUGAUGGCAAUGGACGGACUGGUAGGCUUGUCAUGAAUUCUAUUUUAAUGCGAGCGGGAUUUCCACCUGUCAUAAUCCGUUACCAGGACCGACAUGAAUAUUAUGAAUACUUGAAUUUGGCCAAUCAUGGGGAUAUGAGACCAUUUAUAAGAUUUGUGGCCAGAUGCACUGACAGAACAAUUGAUGAGUAUUUAACUGCAACAACAAUCUAUCCCGUGGGUCAUAACAAACCUCCAGAACUCACUGAUGCCCACGAUUUACAUGAAGAUUUUCAUGAUAUUUUCAGUGUAGAAAAAGAAUAAUGUUUGUUAGAUUUAUCAUGGACAGGACAAUGUUCAAAUGAUAUUUUAAGAAACACUUGGUAUUGAUAGUAAAUAAGUCAAAUCAAUUAUAUUUAUUUAACUCAGCUCAGUAGUACACAGAUUACAAUACAAUGCUUCUUUUAAUAACUGAUUCUCGCUGUAGUGUGCAUCAUCUAGUUAUGAAGCAUGGGGGAAGUUUGGAGUGCAGGAAAGAAGCACAGGAGUUUCUUCUUGAUCAUCAGUGCUCUACAUUGUACAUAUCUUCGAAAUGAAUAAUUUCUCAAUGAUGUAUAGCUAAAAGCACAAAGCAAUUGUUUUAUAUAACACUUCCAAUGGAAGUGGUGUGCAUCAUGGAAUGAUAAAAAUAUUAGUAUGAUAUACACUUACAUAACUGAGUUUGAGUAUACCGUGUAUUUGUUAGAAACGUAAUGAAAUAAUUUCGUUAUUCUUUGGCUAGGUUUGUACAUGUACAAUGUAUAUUUCAAAAUACAGUUGAAAAGUUCUCCGACCUGUGAACCCUUCUGACCAGAACAAGUAUCAAUUCUACAAAGUAGAACAUCCAAAACAAAGGCAAGUGAAGCUUGACUCGUGUCUUUUGCUUAGUUCUAAUGUUUCACUGAUAAGUGUUUAUCUUGCAGCCCAACGACUGAGUCAUGCAAAGUUCUAUCAGGAGUGCCACAGAGAUGUUUGUUAAACUGUGGCAUUUGUGUGAAAUCUCAGACAUUGAGUGCUGAAAUAAUUUAGCUUGCCAAGAAGAGGUCUGAUAACUUCAGGCUAAUAAAAGUGCAAUCCAUAUAUAUUGUUGCAUUUACGGGAAUUGUUUAAUAGUCCAAGUGCUCUUAGAGAGUUGGGUUAUUUAUUAAGAAAUAUAUUUACCUGAAGGUAUGUAUUAAUAGAUGUGUAUAUUAUAUGCCAAUUAUUAAAAAGAACUCCAAGAGA